AUGCAGGCCAGCGUCGCGGUCGCCGAGGCGCUCGAGGCCGGGAGCGUCACGCCCCUGCCCGUCGCUGGCGGCGCCGACUUCGCGGCCGCUGCCCUCGCCGUGGCCAUCGCCGCGGUCGCCGCCGCGGCAUCGUUCGUGCUCGUCUCCUUCGAAGCGCGCGCGGGGCAGGGCCGCCUGCGCCGCGUCCUCGACCUCGGCCCGUCGUCCCGGGGUCCCCGCCUGCUGCUCGCCUUCUUCGCGGGGCUCAUGGCCGCCGCCGAGGCGCUCCGCCUCCCGUUCUUCCGCGGGACCUUGCUCCCGCCGCGCCGCCAAGUCAUGCCAUGCCUCGCGUACCCGCUCGUCGCGCACGGCAUCGCCGAGCCAGGGAUGCUCGCUUGCGUGCUCCUGCUGCUGCGCGCGUCCGUCGGAGGGGCGCGGCUGCCGGCGGCCGCCAUCGCCGUGCCGUUCGCCUGCCUGCCUUUCCUCACCGCGCACGUGCUCGUUCUCGCCACGCCGGCCACCGUCGUCGCGUACCCGGGCCAGCUCGCGCACGCCGCGGACGGCGCCGGGCACUGCGCGUACCCGGCGUACGCCGCCGCGCUGCUCCUCGCGCUCGUUGCGCUUUACAUGCCGCUUCUCGCCACCGCGUGCUGGGACGUGGCCGCCGUCGCCAUCAACAGGCGGCUGCGCGCGAGGGCGUACGCGCUCGUCACGUUCGCCGUCCUGCCGCUGCCCGUGCAGGUGCUGGCGCUCGGGCUGACCUCCGUGUGGGACAUCCACCAGUACACGUCCCCGACGGUCGGCCUCAUUGGGUUCCUCGCAGUGGCGGUAGCCGCCGAGACCACCAUUGUCGUCCUCGUGAUGCUGCCGCUUCACGAUGCGCUUGUCCUUGUUGAGCAGCCGCCGGCGCCGGCAACGAGGACGCGCGUGACGUCGCCAGAUGACAAAGGCACCAUGGAUUUGAACGAGCCUUCCCCGGGAUUUGAUUAUGAUUUCCUAGAUGGAGCUGAUGCAAAUUCUUCCUAUUGUACCCAACAAAACCAUGUUGCUCCAAGUUUACAGGACCAAAACCAUCAAACACAGCCAGAUGUUGGGACCACCCUAAUUGCUAGUGGUGGGAGUCAAAAUGUUAACGCUCAUGUUGUUAACACCGAAGAAGCUACUGCUGUUGGUGGUGGUGGUGUUGAGGAUAUUGUAGAAGAAGUACUGGAAGAUGUAGUAUAA